GUUGUUCCUUCUCUUCUAGCUCCAAGCUUUUUCCCUUAAACAAAUAUCCAAGAAGCCGUCGAACUCAGCCCUGCGUCGCCGUCGAACUCAGCCCUGCGUCGCCGUCGAACCCAAGCGUUGCUCAGCCCUGCGUCGCUGUCUUCGCCGGUGUGUGGUGUUCUCGCCUCAUCUCCCCCAUCCCGUUCAAUUCUCGCGCAGCCUGUCACUGAAAGAUAUAUUCUUGGUCGGCCGGGGUUUCAGCAUCUCCCCGUCGCGUCGUGGUUCCGGUGGUUGCUCGGCGUCGUGGUUCCGGUGGUUUCUGUAUGGGUUUGUUCAAAUGAUGUUUAUGGGGAUAAAGUCAUAGCAACCAGUGCAGUGUUUGGCACAGAAAUCUGGCCGGCUGCUGAGUAUGGUAGAACCAUGUAUACCAUCCGUCAGAGGAUUGGUCCUCUCUUCAUGAAAAUGCAGAAGCGCUUUGGAAACCUUGAUUAUGCUGGUGAGUUGUCUGAGAAGGAUAUUAUUCGCGCUGAAAGGAAUUCUGGUUUUAUCAGUGACCGUGUCAGAGAGAUUCAACGCCAAAAUUACCAGAGAAAGAUGGAGACUAAAGAAAGUAGGGAAAAGGACCUCCGGGAAGGCCUCCAACUUUACAAGAGCGGAAAAUACGAGGAAGCACGAGAAAAGUUUGAAUCUGUUCUAGGUUCUAGGCCUACUCCAAAUGAAGCUUCAGUGGCUAGUUACAAUGUUUCUUGUUGCUAUUCUAAGCUUAAUCAGGCUAUCACUUCUACUGGGACAAAGAAGGGCGAGUUGUUUUUGGCUGAUGUCAGCACUAAGUUGACAAACAAGAAUAUUACCACCGAUGUGAAAGUUGAUACCAACUCCAAUAUAGCAUUGCUUUCUAUGAACAUCUUGUUUUACAUAAUUGGAAUCUAUUGUAAUCUGAUUCCAACUUCUUUGCUGUUUCCGUCUUCCGCUCCUAGCGUUGAGCUUCAGUAUUUGCAUGAGUAUGCUGGCAUCAGCACAAGCCUUGGUUUGACAGCAAACCCCAUUGUCAACUUUUCUGGUGUUUUUGGAAACAGUACUCUUGCUUUGGGUACUGACCUCUCAUUUGACACUGCUUCUGGAAACUUCACCAAAUGCAAUGCUGGGCUGAGCUUUACUAAUGAUGAUCUCAUUGCAUCUGUGAAUGUGUAA